UGGUGGUUGCGAAGAAGACUUUCUACUUUGGAGGCUACGGAUUGCGGGUAAGAUCCGUUUCUCGCCGGUACCUCUAUCUACAAAUAUAUCCUGCGCUGUGUUUGCUCCCAUAGAAACUCACGAGGCAAAGAUCAAAAAAAAAAAAAAAAAAAGGAAAAAAAUGGAAUCUACUCCUCUUCUAACUCCAUACAAGAUGGGAAAAUUCGAUCUCUCCCACAGGAUUGUUUUGGCCCCGUUAACAAGAUCAAGAUCCUAUGGAAACAUUCCCCAACCACAUGCUAUAUUGUAUUACACUCAAAGGACAACAAAGGGGGGGUUUCUAAUCUCUGAAGCCACUGGGAUCUCAAACACUGCGCACGCGUAUAAGGACACUCCAGGUAUAUGGACUAAGGAGCAAGUGGAGGCUUGGAAACCUAUUGUAGAUGCUGUGCAUCAAAAGGGUGGUGUUUUCUUCUGUCAAAUCUGGCAUGCUGGGAGGGCAUCCCCACAUGAAAACCAACCUAAUGGACAAGCACCAAUCUCGAGCACAGACAAGCAAAUAGCACCUCAGGAUAUUCAAGAUGGCGGUGUUAUAACAAGCUCCAGUCCUCGACGGUUAAGAAGUGAUGAGAUCCCUGGAGUUGUUAAUGAUUUUAGGCUGGCUGCAAGGAAUGCAAUUGAAGCAGGAUUUGAUGGUGUUGAAAUUCAUGCCGCGCACGGCUACCUGAUUGAACAAUUCAUGAAGGACAGCGUCAACGACCGGACCGACGAGUACGGGGGCAGCCUCGAGAACCGCUGCCGCUUCGCGCUAGACGUCGUCGAGGCGGUGGCGGACGAGAUCGGAGCUGAUAGAGUAGGAGUGAGACUCUCACCCUUUUCCGACGACUGUGAGUGCUGGGACUCGAACCCGGAAACCCUCGGACCCUACAUGGUUCAGUCACUGAACAAGUACAACAUUCUCUUUUGCCACAUGGUCGAGCCUAGAAUGUGCAUUGUGGAAGGACGAUACCAAAUCCCUUUUUUUUUUUUUUUUUUUUUUUGUAAAAGACACGUUUGUUUAUGA